GGUAUACUCCAUGUUUUGCAGGAAGUUGAACCAUCGCUGUGCAGUAAAAACAACAAAGUACGAAGCGUAUAAUUUCAAUAACGUUUAACCUAUUUUUCAUGUUAAUGCGUUGUAAAGGCAGGUCUGAACUUCAAUCAACUUCUGUAUGCAUUGUCUCGCGUUGUGUUUACAGGUAGAGGUAACUUGCUAAAAGCUCACAAGUUAGCUGUAGCAGCUAACGCGUUAGCCACAAUCACGAGACAGUCAAGUCAGUGGUGUCCCAUGCGUGCGAGCUCUGUGUUACUAAUAGGGUGUUAUUUGUGUCUACAGAACUUCUCGUUCCUUAGGUUUGAUAGAGCUGGGUGUAACUGAAUGGUUAGAUAACAUGCAUUCUUGGUAACAUACAUUCGGUGUGCCUUCUUUAGCUUGUUCAUCAUGAAGAAUAAAACAUACAAACUUGUUGUGCACAAGAAAGGCUUUGGAGGCAGUGGUGAGUGAAUUCCUUUCAGUGACGGUGUAAAACGGUUCACAGUGUUUUAUCUUGUGUUGGGUGAAAUGAAUGCUGUUCUGUCGUUGACAAUAACCCCUCCUGAUGCACAGAUGAUGAGCUGGUGGUGAACCCCAAGGUGUUCCCUCAAGUUUCCCUUGGGGACAUAAUUGAGAUUGCACACCCCACAGAUGAAUACAGGUGAGCAUGCAUACCAAGAAGUUAUAUUUUGCCUGGGUCUAUAUAUUGGUCAAAAGUUAUGAUAGUUUCUCCUCUUUUUCCAACAGCCCUCUCUUGCUGCAGGUGAAGAGUCUCAAAGAAGACCUCCAGAAAGGUAAAGCAUGACUCAUUUCCUCCAGUUUUAGGGGAAGCCCCUAUAGAACCUAGCUAAUGAACUGAUCAAUAUCCCAUUUGAUUGUAAAUGACAUGCAGAAGGGAAGCUCAUCAGUAAAUCUGUAGCCUAAAUACAAUGUAUUCAUUCUCUCCUCUAGAGACAAUCAGUGUGGACCAGACGGUGGCGCAAGCCUUCAAACUCCGGGCAUACCAGGAUGUAAUCGUUAACAUUGUGGAUCCGAAGGUGUGUUUUCUAUGCAUCAUAUUUCCAAUAGGAUUUGAUUGAAUUACAGUACUCUGCAUUUUCAAGCUGAUUUUUAAAGAGAGCUCAUGCUGUAUAUGGAUUUCUGUGGUAGGAUGUAACUCUGGACCUCGUAGAGCUCACCUUCAAAGACCAAUACAUUGGAAGGGGAGACAUGUGGCGACUGAAGAAGAGUCUGGUGAGAGGGAGUCUGUUUGAAUACCUGUGUAUAUGCUAUCGGUGUUUAGUUAAGGUAGCCUACUUCUUGAAUCUGUGCCUAGUAGAACUUCAUUAACACUCUAUUUAUCUUAGGUGAGCACCUGUGCUUAUGUGACCCAGAAAGUGGAAUUUGCAGGGAUCAGGUAUGCAAUACCAUUCUUAACGCAUUAAUAAUAAUAGAUAUGUUAUUGCAUGUGUAAAUAUGUUUUAUGUUAUUAUGUGAGUUUCUGUCCCUUACUUUGUAUCCUCUCUCUGUUACCUUCAGAGCCCAGGCCAGUGAGUUAUGGGUGAAAGGAGAGAAGGUCACCUGUGGAUACAUCAGUGAAGACACCAGGGUAAGCAAUGUCACCUUAAAAAAUAACUGCCUAUUAAGAUAUUGCAGGUAGACUACUGGAAAUGUAGACACUGUAUGUAGUUAAUAAAUAUGUUCUCCAGUCUCCCUACGAUAGAUUGCUUUUCAUAUUUGUGAUGUUUAAUGCAGGUGGUGUUCAGGUCGACCUCUGCCAUGGUGUACAUCUUCAUUCAGAUGAGCUGUGAAAUGUGGGACUUUGAUAUCUACGGUUAGUUUUUCUUCUAUCCCAGGUUAUCAGGUGUUGGUUUGGCUAGAUGUGUAUUGUUGAGUGUGUGAGAUUGAGUCUGAGUGUUUCUUCUGUCUUGAGUGAGUGGGUGGUUUACUGAGAUUGGCAUUGAGCAAUGAGCCCUGUAAUUUGUCAAUGAGGAGGAAAAUAAAGUUUUCAUUUGUUUUCAGGGGAUCUCUACUUUGAGAAGGCAGUCAGUGGUUUUUUGUCUGAUCUUUUUGCCAAAUGGAAGGUUUGUGACUUACGUUCUGUGUCACCCUUGCAAUGCAUAAACCCAUUAAAUAAAUGUAAUCAACACAUUUCUAGGCAGUAAACGAUGCAAAAGUUCUUAAGGUAUUUAUCCUGGUGAGAUUUUGUUGACUUUUUCAGGAGAGGUAUUGCAGCCAUGAAGUGACAGUGGUGCUUUUCUCGCGCACUUUCUACAAUGCUAAAACCUUGGGUGAGCCUUUUCUUCCUGUUUCCAUGAGACAUCAGGAAUAUCACAUGCUAGCUAUUAUUAGAUUUAGAUGUUCUGUUUUUCUUCCCAUCUUCUAUAGAGGAGUUUCCUGAGAUCUUGAGAGGUUCCAUCAGACAGGACCACGAGGGCCGUUUCUAUGAAGAUUUCUACAGGUUUACUGUCUUUCAGCCUCAUUAUUUAAGUCUAUUUCAAUUAUAUCUUCAUGAUGUCCAUUUGUGUAUGUCUACUGAUUUCAGUUAUAGUUACCAGUUUAACUCUUUCCCUCAUCUGUCAAAGGUCUGACUGACUGUUUCUCUUGUGUUGUGUCUUUGUAGGGUAGUGGCUCAGACUGAGCGACGUGAUGAGUGGGUCUCUCUACUGGUCACCAUCAAGAAGCUCUUCAUCCAGUAUCCUGUCUUGGUGCGGCUAAAAGAAGCAGGUAAUGAAUCAGACACAACUUUGUACAUUUAGCGUUAUGAGCAGGGCACUUAUGAACAUUACUAUGUUAUUUAUGUUUACUUGUGUACAUGUGGUUAUUUUUGUGAUAGUUGGUUUUCCCUCCGGCCAUAACUCUACUGCUGCUCAGGGGAAUUACCUUGAGGCCAUUAACCUGUCUUUUAACGGUGAGUGCAUCAUCUGCUCAUUAUUUUGUGUGAUGCUCAGUGUUCAUAAUGAGCCACAUAUCAUCUUGUCUCCUUAUGACUUUCAAAAAUACGGUCCUGUGCCUUUCACAGUCUUUGACAAGCACUACAUAAACCGCAACUUUGACCGCACCGGUCAGAUGUCUGUGGUCAUCACCCCGGGGGUGGGAGUGUUUGAAGUGGACCGACUGCUCAUGAUCCUAACCAAGCAGCGCAUGAUUGACAACGGUAGGUAUUUAUAACAACAGUAAUGGGAUGGACAGUCAUAAACAUUAUUGAUGGUCAUAAAUUAUUUGCUAUUAGAAGGUGAUAGGACUAAAGUGAUUAUUCUGACAUAUUUGUUUUCCUUUGCCAGGUAUCGGUGUAGACUUGGUGUGUAUGGGAGAGCAGCCACUCCAUGCAGUGCCUCUAUUUAAGGUAAGACGGACUGAUCCCAAAUAAAAACUCAGAGGUUAAAGUUCUCCGUCACUGCAAUGGAUUUUUGUAAUAUGGAUGACGCAUGAGGGUUUUAGUAAACAAUUGUAUUAUUUUGUGGGGGGUUAUUAUUUUAGUUUUUAAAAAAGCUCCAGGCCACACUUGAAUGUCUAAAACUAGAUAGAAAGUAUGUAGAAAUGAUACUGGACCUAUAUAUUUUCAAAUAACUGCCCUUUUUCUGGGCCACAAAUCGAUUUUGACAAAGAAAUCUGUCAUAAAAAAAUCUGUCCGACCGUCCGCUGAAUUUCGAAAUCCCGAUGUGGCCCUCGAGCCAAAAAGUUUUCCUGAGAUCGACUUAAGUUUCAGUCAUGGAUUAACUUUUUCUUUAACCCCUGGAAAUGCCUCAAUCCUCAUUUUGACCAAAUUAUUUGGACUCAAGUCGAUGUGCAGCAGACCUGUUUUAACUAUGUUUGUGGAAGGGGAACAAAUAGUUACUUUGGCGGUGACCACAUCUAUUUGAAUACAGAUCUCAGAAAGUGACUACUUUCCAAAACUAUUUGAAUACAGAUCUCAGAAAGUGACUACUUUCCAAAACUAUUUGAAUACAGAUCUCAGAAAGCAACUACUUAAAAAAAAGUAGAAGGCAGUUUGGGGUAUUUAGUUUCCUUUUGACACGUAAUAGCCAUAUUUUGUUACUAUUAGGAUCCUCAUUAACACUUAACAUUAAACUGUUCUUGUGCCUGUUUUAAUAAAAAUCGAAUUACUUUUUGAGCAACAUUUUAUUAGCAUACAUAAUACUUGCAUUGCAAUGAGCUGAGUUUUGUAACUACUGUACACAAGGAAUAGUUACUGUUCCUUAUUCCAAUUAUGAAAUAACUCCAUUAUUAUAAAAUUAUAAAGCUAUUUCCAAAGUCCUUUAUAACAACAUUGCUAUUGUAAUAAUCAAUAAGUUACUACACAUGUAUAAGAACUUGAUCUCAAGUGUUACUGUAUUACCUUAGUUACCUUUGUCAUUUUGAAACUGCAAAAGUUGUCUACUCUAAUGUUGAGGUGAUUCCAUGUCCUCCAUGUAUUUAAUUCUAGCCUAUAGGCUAUAUUCAUAUCUAAGAGCCAUCCAAACCAUGUGUUUAUGGUCAUAUAUCUAGACUAAUUCAACUAACUGUUGUAGUUUUUGGUUCUUCAUCGAAUAUUCGGCAAGUUUUCAAAUAACUUGCAUAUUUUCAAAUACCUUCAAAUAUUAUUUGGUUUUCUGAGACCUGUAUUUGAAUAUCAAAGAAAAUAGUUGCCUUUUAGUUUGUUAGAUUCUUAAUAAACAGAGUAAAACACACGGACGACUAGUGAAGCUCAAACCAAGUUUAUUCACCCACUGGGUCACACAGCUGCAUAAGACAAAGACAUAUUUACACAAGCACUGGUAUUUAAACCUUCCUCCUAUGCUGAGUCUCCUCCUUACACAUCUGACAGCCAAUACAGCUCUGUUGCUAGACAGGACUUUAGUGAUGCCUGUUCUUUCUCACUUCAUCUGACCUGACCUGACCUCGGCCCCCAUUCCUCACUAAUCCACAGCUAUCCACCCUUAUCAGUGACCCCACCAUAUACAUUCCUCCUACAUAUAACCAUGAACUUCUGGUGUAGAAAGUAUUUCAUAUUACAACCCAACAACUGAAACCAGACUGUGGCCCUUCUCCACUCCAUAGGAUACCAAAUAUCUAACAAUAACAUGUUCUGACACAAUGUAAACUUUCUGCAUUCCCCUCUCUCCCUCAGUAACAAGUUUAGAAGUCAGAACCCAUCAAGUUGAAACUAUAUAAACUAUAUUUGACUACCUUGAGUAUUUGAAAAGUUGGUAUUUUUAAAUAAACUACAAAAUACAACUAUUUUCUGCCCAGGUCUGAUGUGCAGAUACAGAAUGUAUGUUAUUGCUACCAGUUUCUGAGUUAUGAUUUUCUACAAUAUGUCACUAUCUUUGUAUUUUGUAUUGGAUGGUUACUGUAUGUUUUCCCUGUGAUGUUGACAAGCUGCACAACAGGACAGUGCCUGGAGACUCACGACUGGGGGAUGACUACAACCUGCCACACUGGAUCAACCACAGGUAAGAACAGACAGACACAGCUUACGGAUAAAGAUGGAGAGAUGGAGGAGGACAGAGGAAGGGUAAUAUGGGUGAGCGAGGUUAAUAUAUUUCAGGAUGGGAGACUGUUGAAUAUCCCUGGGUUUAGAGAAGGGGAUGUUCUUCUAAUGUUAUCUCUUUCUGUUACCAUGACCACAGCUUUUACACAUCCAAAAGCCAGAACUCCUGCAGCUGCUUUACUCCUCGCAUCAAGCUGGCAGGACGCAAGGUACUUACAGUAUAUAGACCUAAUCCAGAUGCACCUACUAUUCAGCCAAUAUUUUUCAUUAGGCUUUUAGCUCACCUGUCAUUUAUUUUCUCCUUCUGUUUAUAUCUAGCUCCAUGCAGAAAAAUUCAAGAACAACAAAGAGCACAGUAAGAGAGAAUGUCUUUAUUGGUUAAUUCCCCCUCUGCGAUGAACUAUCAUUCCUUUUUCUUCUCUAACGAACUGUGCCUCUUCUUCAUUGUCUCUCUCAGCUCUUGGGGCUCCGAAGGACGAGAACAGCCUUCCCAUCCAGGUGGACUACGAUGCCCAUGAUGCACAGGUGUUCAGACUCCCCGGGCCGUCCCGAGCCCAGAGGAGCACCAACUUCAGGUGCUGCUCAAACACAACCACACAUUUAUGACACACUUCCAAUGAAUAUGGUUAGGAGUAAGUAUAGGAGUAACUCAGUGCGACGGUCUUCUAGGGUGGUCCGAGAGAGGGAAGUGAGUGGAAGGAGAAGCUGGGGGUCUGCGGACGUGAGUGGGGGUAUAGGGGGCGGUGUGUCCCCCCCUGUCCGCUCUUGUGGGCCUGAUGAGCAGCGGAGCCUGGCCUCUGAUGACAGUCUGGGCAAGGUGUCCAACAUCCUGCUGAUCCCCCGUCUGCCCCCAGCCCAGUACGGAGAGGUCAGCAGCUCCCUGGGCUACACCAGCACCAGAGGUACCAGGAAACAAACCCCUUGUAUGAGUGAUUAGUGUGAUGGUUAAUCGUGAGGGUAUGUUAUCUAAUCAUGUGAUGAGUAGCCAUAAGAGUGUUUAUUACAACUGUGCUAAUGUGUGUCUGACUCUCUUUCUCUCUCUCUCUCUCUCUCUCGCUCUCACUCUAAGAGUUGUUGGAGAAGAUGAUGGAGUCUCAGCGGGACUCCAGUGCUCCGGGGAGGUUCACGGUGGGGAGUGCUGAGUCCACCCUCCAUGUGCGCCCAGGGGGCUACACCCCUCAGAGGGCUCUCAUUAACCCCUUCGCCCCCUCACGCAUGCCCAUGAAGCUCACCUCCAACCGCAGGCGCUGGAUGCACACCUUCCCCGUGGGUGAGGACACAAACACAAUCACACACCUUCAUCCACUUAGAAUUAGACACACACUCAAACCCGGCAGUUUAAGCUUAAACUUGUUCUUUGUCUCAAAAUCUGCAUCAGCCAAUUAAAAUCUUUGACGUAGUUGCACGUGAUAGAACGCUAAAUGUUAGCUUUUCCCAUCAAAUAACAUGGCACACUUGGCUCUAUUCUAACAACACCAGCUGGACAUUAUUAUUUUCUGUAAUUCUGCAUCAGCCAAUUACAAAUGUUGACGUAGUUGGAUGUGAUAGAACACUUUUUCAUAAGAGUGUCCUUAACAGAUGUCAAACGGCACCAUUUGCUAAUCAAACUGGACGAUUAGCUCACAGUGUAUUGAGCUUAGCUCCUGGUAAUUUUCGCUGUUUGCGGCAAGUUGGAAUCCCAGGUGAGAUAUAGUAUUUUUUCCUUUGAAAUGUAGAAUUACAUGAAUUGUGUGUUGCGAAGGGAAGUGCAUCCAACACAUAGAAAAUUGAGAUGUUUAUUUUAUAUAUAAACAGCUCUGGAAAAAAGUAAGAGACCACUGCAAAAUUAUCCGUUUCUCUGGUUUUACUAUUUAUAGGUAUGUGUUUGGGUAAAAAUAACAUUUUUGUUUUAUUCUAUAAACUACUGACAACAUUUCUCCCAAAUUCCAAAUAAAAAUAUUGUCAUUUAGAGCAUUUAUUUGCAGAAAAUGACAACUGGUCAAAAUAUCAGUAAAUAUGCAUUGUUGUCAGACCUCGAAUAAUGCAAAGAAAAUAAGUUCAUGUUCAUUUUUAAACAACACAAUACUAAUGUUUUAACUUAGGAAGAGUUCAGAAAUCAAUAUUUGGUGGAAUAACCCUGAUUUUCAAUCACAGCUUUCAUGCGUCUUGGCAUGCUCUCCACCAGUCUUUCACAUUGAUGUUGGGUGACUUUAUGCCACUCCUGGCGCAAAAAUUCAAGCAGCUCGGCUUUGUUUGAUGGCUUGUGACCAUCCAUCUUCCUCUUGAUUACAUUCCAGAAGUUUUCAAUGGGCUUCAGGUCUGGAGAUUGGGCUGGCCAUGACAGGGUCUUGAUCUGGUGGUCCUCCAUCCACACCUUGAUUGACCUGGCUGUGUGGCAUGGCGCAUUGUCCUGCUGGAAAAACCAAUCCUCAGCGUUGGGGAACAAUGUCAGAGCAAAAGGAAGCACGCUUUCUUCCAGGACAACCUUGUAAGUGGCUUGAUUCAUGCGUCCUUCACAAAGACAAAUCUGCCCGUUCCAGCCUUGCUGAUGCACCCCCAGAUCAUCAACGAUCCUCCACCAAAUUUCACAGUGGGUGUGAGACACUGUGGCUUGUAGGCCUCUCCAGGUCUCCGUCUAACCAUUAGACGAACAGGUGUUGUCUACGGUCCAAUCCUUAUGGUCUUUUGCAAACCUCAGCCUGGCUCUUCUUUGCUUCUCAUUGAUGAAGGGCUUUUUUCUAGCUUUGCACGACUUCAGCCCUGCCCCUAGGAGCCUGUUUCGAACCGUCCUCGCCGUGCACUUCACCCCAGCUGCCAUUUGCCAUUAUUUUUGUAGGUCACUUGAUGUCAUCCUACGGUUGUUGAGUGACAUUCGAAUGAGUUGGCGGUCAUCCCGGUCAGUAGAGAGUCGUUUUCGCCCUCUGCCGGUCUGUAGCUUUGUUGUCCCCAAUGUCUACUGCUUGACCUUCUUCUUAUGAACCGCCGUCUUUGAAAUUUUAAGGAUGGAAGCAACCUGACGCUCACUGUAUCCCUAUGCCAGUAAAGACAGAAUUGAACCCUUCUUUUCCUCUCUCAAAACUUUCCUUUUCAACUCUUUUGGCAUGGUCAAUAGUUAUUUUUUGAUUAAUAUUACUUUUUAGGUACUAUUAGCACUGUUUCUGCCAUCCAGCUGGUCCUAUUGCAAGAGGAUAGUGAUGACCACCGCAGUGGUUUUUAUACUUUUCCUUGUUAAAUAAGUUUAGGUUCAGGUGAUCACCUAAUCAGUACCUAAUUCAAUAGAAUGAGGUGUGCCUGUGUUGGAAUUCAACAGACACUGGAAUGGAAUGGCUGUCAUACAUGUAGAGAUGCUGAUUGCAGUGGUUUCUUAAUUUUGUCCAAAGCAAUUUUUUACUUUUACCCCUUUUUCUGAUAUCCAAUUGGUAGUUACAGUCUUGUCCCAUCGCUGCAACUCCCCUAUGGACUCGGGAGAGGCGAAGGUCGAGAGCCAUGCGUCCUUCGAAACACGACCCUGCCAAGCCGCUCUGCUUCUUGACACACUGCUCGCUUAACCGGAAGCCAGCCGCACCAAUGUGUCGGAGGAAACACCGUCCAGCUGGCGACCGAAGUCAACUUGCAGGCGCCCGGCCCUCCCCUAACCCGGAUUACGCUGGGCCAAUUGUGCCCCACCUCAUGGGUCUCCCCGUAACGGCCGUCUGUGACACAGCCUGGGAUCGAACCCGGGGCUGUAGUGACACCUCAAGUACUGCGAUGCAGUGCCUUAGACCGCUGCGCCACUCGGGAACCCCGAAAAUUAAGAUUAAGAAUACAUUUAACGAGGAGCUGCAUCUUUCUUCAGCCUUAUAGACAAGUACACUGCUAAUAAUAAAGUGCGUUAUUUGAAUCGAGCAUCGAGGACCAGCAGUGAACAGUUUUUUCCUUAACAAUAAAGCUUGACGUGAGGGAGCCUCGAACCCGUGGUUACUGUAUCCCGCAAAUUCACAGUUAACCGGUUUAGCGGUGUAUGCAACCUGGCAGUGAUUUGUAAUGGAGGUACAUGACAGCUAUUUGACAAGACCAUGAGGCUCUUUGACAUUUUUUUGUUGAUGGACGAUAAACUUAAAAGUUGUAUAGACCUCCUUGAUCUUUUUCCCGUAAAAGCACAUAAAUUUAUAUAAAACGAAUAAGGAAAAACUUGGGAUUUUGUCAUAUAUUCGAAAAGGUGCCUUUAGAGUUUUGUCUAACGUUAGUAGUUAGUAGCCUAGUCAAGGAUGCAUCAUGCAAUAUUGGCACACUACACUUGUGACAGACCAAGUGGAACAAAAGUAACAUUUGGGCGUUUACAUUAUCUUUCUGGUGGCCGAGUUGACCUAUUUUAUGAAAUGCCAUUGGUUGGUGGAUAUAAAGUCUAAGAUCUUUGAUAGGCUGAUGCGGAAUUUGUUACAGGAAAUAAUCACAACCACCUGGUCAGGUUAGGAUAGGGCUAAAUGUGCGAUGUUAUAUAAUGGUAACAGCUAACAUGUAGCAUUUUAUCACGUGCAACUACGUUGACGAUUUUAAUUGGCUGAUACACAUUUUGAGACAAAGUAAAAAAUAAAAUAAUUCAAGUAUCAGUGCAUCACAAGCACAGGGCAGUCAUGAUGAUACAGGUACAAUGCAUACGUUCCUGUACAGAACAUCUUUCACGUGUUCCAGGUCCGUCGGGAGAGGCCAUCCAGAUCCACCACCAGACCAGACAGAACAUGGCUGAACUGCAGGGCAGCGAGCAGAGAGACCCCGCCCACACCUCCGCCGAACUCCUGGAACUGGCCUAUCACGAGGCCACUGGCAGGUUAGACACGCCCCAGGGGGAAGGUCAUGCCUCUUUUAUGUAAUUAUAGUUGAGUCUAUUGAUUAUUUCCCCCCUGUGAACUGAAUGUUCAGACGGACAGCAUCAGAGAGACGACAGGCAGGAGAGAAUGGGCUGUACUCCAGCGGAGGGAUGGAGGAGUAUACUCAUGGCAGCCCAGCCAGCAGCAACAGCACUGGUAUACACACACACACACACACACACACACUAGUGCAUCUGACUCACUAUAUAAGCAUUGUAUAUAGCACACACAAACCCUGCCAGUUAUCUUUUCUCUUAAUGUUAUAUGGUUGAUGAUCACGCAAUUGGUUUUAAUGCUGAUAGUGUCUGUGCAGGAACACCGGUAAACCGUGGCUCCUCGUUUGAGGACUUUUCAUCUGGCAGUCUGGAUCCAAGUGAGUCUGUGCUGCCCUAUGAAAGAAAACACACACACGACACAGACACACUUGGACACAGUCUCACACGUCAUGUACACAGUAAUAUCCUAUCAGUUUGGUUGGGAACAUUGCUUGACAGCCAAACUGAUAAUUGGAAUAAGCCCUAACAUGAUGAACUGAACGCUUAUUCAGCUGGACCCCUGAUUGGCUGAAUCCUCCGUUUGGUGUCUGUCUCUGUGAGCCUCAAACAUCAUACUGAGGGAAAUACAAGGGUUCAUAAAGGGUCACACAUUAUUGGGUCACGCACAUCCCCCUCUCUCUCUAAUGUCCUUCUAUCUACCUCUGACUAUCUCUCACUUCCAUUCUCUAUCUUCCAGGUUCUCUAACUCUUUUUCGGCUUCCUCUAUAUCCCCCCCCCCCCCCCCCCCCCCCCCCCCCCCCCCCCGGCUUCACAUCUCUCUCCUUAAUGUAUCUGCUAUCAUGUACUCUAUCAUACAUAAAAGUAUUAGAAUCUCUGCUCUCAUGUGUGCUUAAUUAGCCUCUUCCAGGUAUUUGUGUGUGUGUGACUCCUGUCUGUCUGCAUGGGCGGUAGGUAGCCUAGCGGUUAAGAGCAUUGGACCAGUAAACGAAAGGUUCGAAUCCCCAAGCCGACUAGGUGAAAAAUAUGUCUGUGCCCUUGAGCAAGGCACUUAACCCUAAUUGCGCUGGAUAAGAGCGUCUGCUAAAUGACUAAAAUGUAAAUGCAUAAAUUACUGUCCAUAAUUUCUAUGUGGUAUGUGUAGUGUGUUUUUUUGCAUGUACUAUAUAUAUGUGUUUGUAUGAGCCAUACAGUGCCUUCGUAAAGUAUUCAGACCGCUUUACUUUUUCCACAUUUUGUUAGGUUACAGCCUUAUUCUAAAAUGUAUUAAAUCGUUUUUUUCCCUCAACAAUCUACACACAAUACCCCAUAAUGACAAAGCAAAAACAGGAUUUUAGAAAUGUUUACAAAUGUAUUGAAAAUAAAAAAACAGAUACCUUAUUUACAUAAGUAUUCAGACCCUUUGCUAUGAGACUUGAAAUUGAGCUCAGGUGCAUCCUGUUUCCAUUGAUCAUCCUUGAGAUGAGUUUCUACAACUUGAUUGGAGUCCACCUGUGGUAAAUUCAAUUGAUUGGAAAUGGUUUGGAAAGGCACACACCUGUCUACAUAAGGUUCCACAGUUGACAGUGCAUGUCAGAGCAAAAACCAAGCCAUGAGAUCAAAGGACUUAAAUAUUACAUUUACAUAAUUAUUCAGACCGUUUACUCAGUACUUUGUUGAAGCACCUUUGGCAGCGAUUACAGCCUUCGAGUCUUCUUGGGUAUGACGCUACAAGCUUGGCACACCUGUAUUUGGGGAGUUUCUCCCAUUCUUCUCUGCAGAUCCUCUCAAGCUCUGUCAGGUUGGAUGGGGAGCGUUGCUGCACAGCUAUUUUCAGGUCUCUCCAGAGAUGUUCAAUCGGGUUCAAGUCCGGGCUCUGGCUGGGCCACUCAAGGAAAUUCAGAGAUUUGUCCCGAAGCCACUCCUGCGUUGUCUUGGCUGUGUGCUUAGGGUUGUUGUCCUGUUGGAAGGUGAACCCUCACCCCAGUCUGAGGUCCUGAGCACGCUGGAGCAGGUUUUCAUCAAGGAUCUCUCUGUACCUUGCUCCGUUCACCUUUGCCUCGAUCCUGACUAGUCUCUUAGUCCCUGCCGCUGAAAAACAUCCCCACAGCAUGAUUCUGCCACCACCAUGCUUCACCGUAGGGAUGGUGCCAGGUUUCCUCCAGACGUGACGCUUGGCAUUCAGGCCAAAGAGUUCAAUCUUGGUUUCAUCAGACCAGAGAAUUUUGUUUCUCAUGGUCUGAGAGUCUUUAGGUGCCUUUUGGCAAACUCCAAGCGGGCUGUCAUGUGCCUUUUGCUGAGGAGUGGCUUCCAUCUGGCCACUCUACCAUAACGGCCUGAUUGGUGGAGUGCUGCAGAGAUGGUUCUCCUUCUGGAAGGUUCUCCCAUCUCUACAGAGGAACUCUAGAGCUCUUUCAGAGUGACCAUCGGGUUCUUGGUCACCUCCCUGACCAAGGCCCUUCUCCCCAGACUGCUCAGUUUGGCUGGGCGGCCAGCUCAAGGAAGAGUCUUGGUCGUUUCAAACUUCUUCCAUUUAAGAAUGAUGGAGGCCACUGUGUUCUUGGGGACCUUCAAUGCUCCAGCAAUGUUUUCAUACCCUUCCCCAGAUCUGUGCCUCGACACGGUCCUGUCUCGGAGCUCUACGGACAAUUCCUUUGACCUCAUGGCUUGGUUUUUGCUCUGACAUGCAUUGUCAACUGUGGGACCUUAUAUAGACAGGUGUGUACCUUUCCAAAUCAUGUCCAAUCAAUUGAAUGUACCACAGGUGGACUCCAAUCAAGUUGUAGAAACAUCUCAAGGAUGAUCAGUGGAAACAGGAUGCACCUGAGCUCAAUUUCAAGUCUCAUAAUAAAGGGUCUGAAUACUUACGUAAAUAAGGUAUUUCUGUUUUUUAUUUGCAACAAAUUAGCAGAAUUUUCAAAAAAGCUGUUUUCGCUUUGUCAUUAUGGGGUAUUGUGUGUAGAUUGCUGAGGAUUUUUAUUCAUUUAAUCCAUUUUAGAAUAAGGCUGUAAUGUAACAAAAUGUGGAAAAAGUCAAGGGGUCUGAAUACUUUCUGAAGGCACUGUAUAUGCGUGCAUGUUUGUGUUGUAAUCACACUGCUGAUGAGAUCACGGCUUAUCACGUGCUUAUCACAUCAUCACAGAUUGCCACGUCGAUUGUCACAGAGCCUCAGUCUCCUGCAUGUGUUGAUCAGAGCUCCAGCUCUGUCAAUGACACUGGAAUCAUCAUCAGGUGCAAUGAGAAUAACACUCUGCUCUUUUUUUCUUCCCCCUCUUUUCUCUCCCUCUCUCUUUCUCUACUUUUAUUUUUGUUUGUCCGUUUCUGUCUGUCAUUGGCUGUUGUUUUUCCCACGCCACUCUCUUAUAAUUCCAACCUGUAUCUUUGUUCCUUUCCAAAUGUUUUUUCCACAUUUCCACACUUUCCCCUCCUCCUACUUUAUCAACCACCUCUGCACACCUUCCUUUCAUUCCAAACAUAUUUCUCUCUUUUGCUUGUCCUUCUUUUCCUAUUUCCUUACCUACCUCCUCCUCCACAAAAUGCACCCUGUUGGGUGGUAUGUGUGUUUGCCAUGGGGCACUUGUUUGUUUGUUUGUCUGUCUGUCUGUCUUUGUGUUGUAUGGUAUUUUUGUCUGGUUGCGUUCGUGUGUGUGUGGUGGGGGUUCCCCUGAAGCCCUGCUGCUGUCUGCCCCCCCGACAGUGCCAAGCUUCUGUUGCACGGUGGGGGUAGACUGGAAGUCUCUGACCACACCCGCCUGUCUGCCCCUCACCACCGACUACUUCCCCGAAUGGCAGACCCUGCAGAACGACUACACUGAGGGCUGCUACGACCUGCUACCACACACUGACUUGGAGAGGUACAGGACACACACACACAUACACAUACACACUGUAGAACGACUACACUGAGGGCUGGUACGACAUGUUGCCACACACUGACCUGUUGGGGUAGAAAGUGUAACUCGCAGAGUACACACACACCUCACGUAGUAUACAAAAUGACUACUGCAACACUGACUGCAUGGUCUAUUGCCUUACUGAGAAAUAUAGCAACUAAUAGAGCAGCAGCUACAGUGAGGGAAAAAAGUAUUUGAUUCCCUGCUGAUUUUGUACGUUUGCCCACUGACAAAGAAAUGAUCAGUCUAUAAUUUUAAUGGUAGGUUUAUUUGAACAGUGAGAGACAGAAUUACAACAACAAAAUCCAGAAAAACGCAUGUCAUAAAUGUUAUAAAUUGAUUCGCAUUUUAAUGAGGGAAAUAAGUAUUUGACCCCCUCUCAAUCAGAAAGAUUUCUGGCUCCCAGGUGUCUUUUAUACAGGUAACGAGCUGAGAUUAGGAGCACACUCUUAAAUGGAGUGCUCCUAAUCUCAGUUUGUUACCUGUAUAAAGACACUGUCCACAGAAGCAAUCAAUCAAUCAGAUUCCAAACUCUCCACCAUGGCUAAGACCAAAGAGCUCUCCAAGGAUGUCAGGGACAAGAUUGUAGACCUACACAAGGCUGUAAUGGGCUACAAGACCAUCGCCAAGCAGCUUGGUGAGAAGGUGACAACAGUUGGUGCGAUUAUUCACAAAUGGAAGAAACACAAAAUAACUGUCAAUCUCCCUCGGCCUGGGGCUCCAUGCAAGAUCUCACCUCGUGGAGUUGCAAUGAUCAUGAGAACGGUGAGGAAUCAGCCCAGAACUACACGGGAGGAUCUUGUCAAUGAUCUCAAGGCAGCUGGGACCAUAGUCACCAAGAAAACAAUUGCAACACACUACGCCGUGAAGGACUGAAAUCCUGCAGCGCCCGCAAGGUCCCCCUGCUCAAGAAAGCACAUAUACAGGCCCGUCUGAAGUUUGCCAAUGAACAUCUGAAUGAUUCAGAGGAGAACUGGGUGAAAGUGUUGUGGUCAGAUGAGACCAAAAUUUUGAUAUUUGGCAUCAACUCAACUCGCCGUGUUUGGAGGAGGAGGAAUGCUGCCUAUGACCCCAAGAACACCAUCCCCACCGUCAAACAUGGAGGUGGAAACAUAAUGCUUUGGGGGUGUUUUUCUGCUAAGGGGACAGGACAACUUCACCGCAUCAAAGGGACGAUGGACAGGGCCAUAUACCGUCAAAUCUUGGGUGAGAUCCUCCUUCCCUCAGCCAGGGCAUUGAAAAUGGGUCAUGGAGGGGUAUUCCAGCAUAACAAUGACCCAAAACACACGGCCAAGGCAACAAAGGAGUGGCUCAAGAAGAAGCACAUUAAGGCCAUGGAGUGGCCUAGCCAGUCUCCAGACCUUAAUCCCAUAGAAAAUCUGUGGAGGGAGCUUAAGGUUCGAGUUGCCAAACGUCAGCCUCGAAACCUUAAUGACUUGGAGAAGCUCUGCAAAGAGGAGUGGGUCAAAAUCCCUCCUGAGAUGUGUGCAAACCUGGUGGCCAACUACAAGAAACGUCUGACUUCUGUGAUUACCAACAAGGGUUUUGCCACCAAGUACUAAGUCAUGUUUUACAGAGGGGUCAAAUACUUAUUUCCCUCAUUAAAAUGCAAAUCAAUGUAUAACAUUUUUGACAUGUGUUUUUCUGAUUUUUGUUGUUGUUAUUGUGUCUCUCACUGUUCAAAUAAACCUACCAUUAAAAUGAUAGACUGAUCAUUUCUUUGUCAGUGGGCGAACGUACAAAAUCAGCAGGGGAUCAAAUACUUUUUUCCCUCACUGUACAUGCACCUGUUUCAGAUGCCUCACCCCUCUCACCCUCCCUCUCUCUCUGUCUCAGGCGGGAUGAUGAGGCCCCGGUGAUGAGUGCCCCUCAGGUGUUUGAGGAGUUUAUCUGUCAGCGGCUGAUGCAGGGCUACCAGAUCAUCGUCCAACCAAACAAAAGGAAACCCAAGCCCGCUGUGGCCCCACCCCUCAGCAGUAGUCCACUCUACACCAGAGGUGUUCUAUACCCUGUCUGUCCAGGCCUGUGGCUCUGCUCUGACACAGUUACCUAAUACCACCACAGUCACAGUUAGCUACUGGCUGACACCGUUCACUUAGAGAUGAUUCCCUUAUACAGCAUAUUUAUUUGCAUAAUUUAAUCAUUUGGUAAACCACAAUAAUCUCAGUUUGGACCAAGUGCAGUCAUUUACCCUCUGUCUCUCUCUUCCUCCUUCUCAGGGCUGGUCUCUCGGCGCAGGCCAGAAGAGGAGGAGAGUCUGUACUGGCUCAGUAUGGGCCGUACCUUCCAUAAAGUCUGCCUGAAGGAUAAAAUCAUCACUGUUACCCGCUACCUCCCCAAGUGAGUCUCCAGCCUUACAUUAGAGCCAUACUCCCAGCUAAAUCAUCAGACUAUGUUUGCAUGUCACUCACCUGUAAUGUGUGUGUGUGUGUGUCAGGUACCCGUAUGAGUCAGCCCAGAUCCAGUACAGCUACAGUCUGUGCCCCCCUCACUCUGAGGCCCACUUCCUGUCCUGCUGGGUGGAGUUUGGUCAUGAGAGACUGGAGGAGUACAAGUGGAACUACCUGGACCAGUACAUCUGCUCUGCUGGCUCUGAGGACUUCAGGUACCUACAAUGCAUUCAGAAAGUAUUCAGACCCCUUGACUUUUUCCACAUUUUGUUACGUUACAGCCUUAUUCUAAAAUUGAUUAAGUUGUUUUUACCCCUCAUCAAUCUACACACAAUAUCCCAUAAUGACAAAGCAAAAAAAGUUUUUUUGAAAUUUCUGCAAAUGUAUUAAAAAUAAAAAGCUGAUAUCACAUUUACAUAAGUAUUCAGACCCUUUACUCAGUACUUUGUUGAGGCACCUUUAGCAGCGAUUACAGCCUCAAGUCUUCUUGUGUAUGACGCUACAAACUUGGCACACCCGUAUUUGGGGAGUUUCUCCCAUUCUUCUCUGCAGAUCCUCUCAAGCUCUGUCAGGUUGGAUGGGGAGCGUCGCUGCACAGCUAUUUUCAGGUCUCUCCAGAGAUGUUUGAUCGGGUUCAAGUCCAGGCUCUGGCUGGGCCACUCAAGGACAUUCAGAGACUUGUCCCGAAGCCACUCCUGCGUUGUCUUGGCUGUGUCCUUAGGGUCGUUAUCCUGUUAGAAGGUGAAACUUCGCCCCAAUCUGAGGUCCUGAGCGCUUUGGAGCAGGUUUUCAUCAAGGAUCUCUCUGUACUUUGCUCCGUUCAUCUUUCCCUCGAUCCUGACUUGUCUCCCAGUCUCUGCCGCUGAAAAACAUCCCCACAGCAUGAUGCUGCCACCACCAUGCUUCACCGUAGGGAUGGUGGCAGGUUUCCUCCAGACGUGACGCUUGGCAUUCAGGCCAAAGAGUUCAAUCUUGGUUUCAUCAGACCAGAGAAUCUUGUUUGUCAUGGUCUGAGAGUCCUUUAGGUGCUUUUUGGCAAACUCCAAGGGGGCUGUCAUGUGUCUUUUACUGAGGAGUGGCUUCCGUUUGGUCACUCUACCAUGAAUGCCUGAUUGUUGGAGUGCUGCAGAGAUGGUUGUCUGUCUGAAAGGUUCUCCCAUCUCCACAGAGUAACUCUGGAGCUCUGUCAGAGUGACAGUUUAGCUGGGUGGCCAGCUCUAGGAAGAGUCUUGGUGGUUCCAAACUUCUUCCAUUUAAGAAUGAUGGAGGCCACUGUGUUCUUGGGGACCUUCAAUGCUGCAGAAUUUUUCCCCAGAUCUGUGCCUCGACACAAUCCUGUCUCGGAGCUCUACGGACAAUUCCUUCAACCUCAUGGCUUGUUUUUUGCACUGACAUGCAAUGUCAACUGUGGGACCUUAAAUAGAUAGGUGUGUGCCUUUCCAAAUCAUGUCCAAUCAAUUGAAUGUACCACAGGUGGACUCAAAUCAAGCUGUAGAAACAGCUCAGGGAUGAUCAAUGGAAACAGGAUGUACCUGAGCUCAAUUUCGAGUCUCAUAGCAAAGGGUCUGAAUACUUAUGUAAAUAAGGUAUUUCUGUUUUCUAUUUGUAAUACAUUUGCAAAAAUUUGUAAAAACCUGUUUUUGCUUUGUCAUUAUGGGGUAUUGUGUAUAGAUUUAUGAGGGAAAACUUUAAUUUAAUCAAUUUUAGAAUAAGGCUGUAACGUUAAAAAAAUGUGGAAAAAGUAAAGGGGUCUGAAUACUUUCCGAAUGCACUGUAUAUACAGUCACACUUCCAAAUUACUCAUAUUUUUUACCUUAUCUACCGUUCCUGUGCCAUAGUUUGAUAGACUCUCUGAAGUUCUGGCGGACCCGCUUCCUGCUGCUGCCAGCUGGGGGGGCUAGACGUGUGGCGGACGGCGAGGGGCACUGGGACGUGUACGGGGAGGGAGCGGGGACGGUGGCGGGCAGAGAGGGCAUGACGGGCACCGGGGACUGGGCCCUGCUGGACGGCUUCAUCCGCUUCCUGGAGGGACUCAACCGCAUCCGCAGACGCCACCGCUCCGACAGGAUCAUCAGGGUAACACCCUAAAACACUGUCUUAAUCAUUUAAAAAGACAAAAACUCAAAAGAUUAACCCAAAUGAUGUGAUUGAGCAGUCUUGCAAACCCAGCCAAGAGAGAAACUGACUCUGCCAGAAACAAUGAUCCUAUGCCAAUGUUGUUGUCUUGAGCUGUUUGAAGUUUUAAGCUUCUUGUCAUACUGUCUUCCCCUCUCAUUCUGUCUGUAGAAAGGACCGGCGAUGAAGGGUCUGCAGGUGACUGGUCCUCUCUCUGCCUACCCUCCAGAGCCUGUAGCGCCCCCUCUAGGCAAGAAAGGCACCUCUGCUUUAUCAGCUCUCCUGGAGUUGGAGCAGAAUCAGAAGUGAGUGUAGUUGUCCUUUCUGUGUGCUUUCAAUGGAACCUUGUGUGUUUCCAAAUUAUUGGAUGCACAGGGUAUCUGACAUUGAAGGUACCGGUCUCACAAUAAUGAUGCAUUUCCUGUCUGCAGGACUCUAGAGGAGCAGCAACAACAGGGGAAACCCUCAGCUGCCACCAGUGAGUCUUCCACUGUCUCCACGACCACUACAUAUGUGGACAGCCCUCGCAAGGUGGGUGUCUUUGUGUGGUUUUGGGAAGGAACACAACGAUCAAGGUUUCCUGUUUGGGUAAAAGGGAGCUCAAUUUCUGUUGGGUAAAAGGGAGCUCAAUUUCUGUAUUGGGUUAAAAGGAGCUCAAUGUCUGUCUUGGGUUAAAGGGAGCUCAAUUGGGGCAUUUUGGGUGUGUGUUUUGGUUGGGGGCAUUUUUUGUUGUUGGUAUGCAUGGAAUGUUGGUUUGCCGUUUAUAGGGGUUUAUCUUUGCUUCCUUAUUAUGGGGUUUCGCUUUGCUUUUGUUUCCUUCUCUCCUUCCCCACCUUUCUCUCCUUCACUUGUUUUCCUGUUGAUGGACUCUGGGUUUUUCAUCCUGUGGUGUAUCCCUCUUCCUAUGCUGACAGGAUGCUGCCUUCAUUUUGGAUUUUAUACGUAGCCCUCGUUCCUCCUACAUCUAUCACACACAGGUCAGUAACUAGGGGCACUGGACGCCGCUGCAUCUGUUAGAGUAGAAGUGUGUGUGUGUGUGUUGUCCUGUUUCAAGUUUUAAUGUCACAUGCACAAGUACAGUGAAAUGCCUUUCUUGCUAACUCAAAACCCAACAAUGCAAUAAUCAAUAACAAUUUAAUACUAGAAAAAAACACACGAGAAUAAGAGUAAGCGAUAUGAAAUACACAAUAAAGUAAGUAAGUAUACUAUAUAUUUAAAUAUUUAAAAAGUAAGUUCCAAUACCAUAUUUACAGUGUAUUCAGAAAGUAUUCAGACCCCUUGACUUUUUAUACAUUUUGUUACGUUACAGCCUUAUUCUAAAAUUGAUAAAAUUGUUCAUCAAUCUACACACAAUACCCCAUAAUGACAAAGCAAAAACAUGUUUUUAGAAAUGCUUGCAAAAAAAUUAAUAAAAAGGAAAUAUCACAUUUACGUAAGUAUUCAGACCCUUUACUCAGUACUUUGUUGAAGCACCUUUGGCAGUGAUUACAGCCUUGAGUCUUUUUGGGUAUGAAGCUACAAGCUUGGCACACCUGUAUUUGGGGAGUUUCUCCCAUUCUUCUCUGCAGAUCCUCUCAAGCUCUGUCAGGUUGGAUGGGGAAUGUCGCUGCACAGCUAUUUUGAGGUCUCUCCAGAGAUGUUGGAUCGGGUUAAAGUCCUGGCUCUGGCUGGGCCACUCAAGGACAUUCAGAGACUUGUCCCGAAGCCACUCCUGCGUUGUCUUGGCUGUGUGCUUAGGGUCGUUAUCCUGUUAGAAGGUGAAACUUCACCCCAAUCUGAGGUCCUGAGCGCUUUGGAGCAGGAUUUCAUCAAGGAUCUCUCUGUACUUUACUCCGUUCAUCUUUCCCUCGAUCCUGACUAGUCUCCCAGUCUCUGCCACUGAAAAACAUCCCCACAGCAUGAUGCUGCCACCACCAUGCUUCACCGUAGGGAUGGUGGCAGGUUUCCUCCAGACGUGACGCUUGGCAUUCAGGCCAAAGAGUUCAAUCUUGGUUUCAUCAGACCAGAGAAACUUGUUUGUCAUGGUCUGAGAGUCCUUUAGGUGCUUUUUGGCAAACUCCAAGCGGGCUGUCAUGUGUCUUUUUCUAGUCCAAGGCGUGCACACCAUCCACCGCUUCCGAGUAUAUUACUCGCUAAUGUUCAGUCUCAGGACAAUAAAGUAGAUGAGCUCAGGGUGAGGAUCUCCUUCCAGAGAGACAUCAGGGACUGUAACAUACUCUGUUUCACGGAAUCAUGGCUCUCUCCGGAUAUACUGUCCCCGUACAUAAAGCCAGCUGGGUUCUCAGUACAUCGCGCAGACAGGAAUAAAGAACUCUCCGGGAAGAAGAAAGGCGGUGGUGUACGUUUUAUGAUUAAACACUCAUGGUGUGAUUGUGAUAACGUACAGAAACUCAAGUCCUUUUGUUCACCCGACCUAGAAUACCUCACAAUCAAAUGCAGACCGUAUUACCUCCCAAGAGAAUUAUCUUUGGUUAUAGUCACAGCCGUGUAUAUACCCCCUCUAGCCGAUACCACGAUGACCCUCAAGGAACUACACUGGACUUUAUGCAAACUGGAAACCGAAUAUCCUGAGGCCGCAUUUAUUGUAGCUGGGGAUUUUAACAAAGCAAAUUUGAGGAAAACGCUACCGAAGUUCUAUCAACACAUUGACUGUAGUACUCACACUGGAAAAACACUCAACAACUGCUACUCCCCCUUCCGGGAUGCCUACAAGGCCCUCCCCUGCCCUCCCUUCAGCAAAUCAGGUCACAACUCAAUGUUGCUCCUCCCUUCCUAUAGGCAGAAACUCAAACAGGAAGUACCCAUGCUAAUGUCUAUUCAACACUGGUCUGACCAAUCGGAAUCUCAUGCUUCAAGAUUGUUUUGAUCACACGGACUGGGAUAUGUUCUGAGAAAAAAAUGGACGUAUACACGGACACAGUGACUGAGUUCAUCAGGAAGUGUAUAGGGGAUGUUGUUCCCACUGUGACUAUUAAAUCCUACCCAAACCAGAAACCGUGGAUAGAUGGCAAAACUGAAAGUGCGAACCACCGCAUUUAACCAUGGCAAGGUGACUAGGAAUAUGGUUGAAUACAAACAGUGUAGUUAUUCCCUCCGUAAGGCAAUCAAACAGGCAAAACGUCAGUACAGAGACAAAGUGGAGUCACAAUUCAACGGCUCAGACAUGAGACGUAUGUGGCACACAAUCACGGAUUACAAAGGGGAAACCAGCCACGUCGUGGACACCGAUGUCUUCUCCUGGACAAGCUAAACACCUUCUUCGCCCGCUUUGAGGAUAACACAGUGCCACCGACGCGGUCCGCUCCAAAGGACUGUGGGCUCUCGUUCUCCGUGGCCAACGUGAGUAAGACAUUUAAGCGUGUUAACCCACGCAAGGUUGCCGGCCCAGACUGCUGUCCCCACUUACUUCAAGAUGUCCACCAUUGUUCCUGUACCCAAGAAAGCAAAGGUAACUGAACUAAAUGACUAUCGCCGCGUAGCACUCACUUCUGUCAUCAUGAAGUGCUUUGAGAGGCUAGUUAAGGAUCAUAUCACAUCUAUCUUACCUGUCACCCUAGACCCACUUCAAUUUGCUUACCACCCCAAUAGAUCCACAGACGAUGCCAUCACACUGCACACUGCCCUAUCCCAUCGGGACAAGAGGAAUACCUAUGUAAGAAUGAUGUUCAUUGACUAUAGCUCAGCCUUCAACACCAUAGUACCCUCCAAGCUCAUCAUUAAGCUCGGGGCCCUGGGUCUGAACCCCGCACUGUGCAACUGGGUCCUGGACUUCCUGACAGGCCGCCCCCAGUUGGUGAAGGUAGGAAACAACACCUCCACUUCUCUGAUCCUCAACACAGCUCCGUCCUGUACUCCCUGUUCACCCAUGACUGUGUGGCCACGCACGCCUCAAACUCAAUCAUCAAGUUUGCAGACGACACAACAGUAGUAGGCCUGAUUACCAACAAUGACGAGACAGCCUACAGGGAGGAGGUGAGGGCCCUGGCGAAGUUGUGCCAGGAAAAUUAUCUCUCCCUCAACGUCAACUAAACAAAGGAACUAUCCACAUCGACGGGACUGCAGUGGAGAAGGUGAAAAGCUUCAAGUUCCUUGGCGUACACUACACUGACAAUCUGAAAUGGUCCACCCACACAGACAGUGUGGUGAAGAAGACGCAACAGCACCUCUUCAACCUCAGGAGGCUGAAGAAAUUUGACUAUGCCGUAAGACCCUCACAAACAUUUACAGAUGCACAAUUGAGAGCAUCCUGUCGGGCUGUAUCACCACCUGGUACGGCAACUGCACCGCCUGCAGCCUUAGGGCUCUCCAGAGGGUGGUGCGGUCUGCCCAACGCCUCACCGGGGGCACACUGCCUGCCCUCCAGGAUACCUACAGCACCCAAUGCCACAGGAAGGCCAAAAAGAUCAUCAAGGACAUCAACCACCCGAGCAACGGCCUGUUCACCCCGCAAUCAUCCAGAAGGCAAGGUCAGUACAGGUGCAUCAAAGCUGGGACCGAGAGACUGAGAAACAGCUUAUAUCUCAAGGCCAUCAGACAGUUAAAUAGCCAUCACUAGCCGGCUACCACCCGGUUACUCAACCUGCACCUUAGAGGCUGCUGCCCUAUAUACAUAGACAUGGAAUCACUGGUUACUUUAAUAAUGGAACACUAGUCAAUUUAAUAAUGUUUACAUACUGCUUUACUCAUUUUAUAUGUAUAUACUGUAUUCUAUGUAUUUUAGUCAAUGCCACUCCGACAUUGCUUGUCCUAAUAUUUAUAUAUUUCUUAAUUCCAUUCUUUUACUUUUAGAUUUGUGUGUUGUUGUGAAUUGUUAGAGACUACUGCACUGCUGGAUCUAGGAACACAAGCAUUUCGCUACACCCGCAAUAACAUCUGCUAAAUAUGUGUAUUUGACCAAUAAAAUGGUAUUUGACCAUGUCCAAUCAAUUGAAUGUACCACAGGUGGACUCCAAUCAAGUUGUAGAAACUCAACUCAAGGAUGAUCAAUGGAAACAUGAUGCACCUGAGCCCAAUUUCGAGUCUCAUAGCAAAGGGUCUGAAUACUUAUGUAAAUAAGGUAUUUCUGUUUUACAUUUGUAAAGAUUAGAAAAACCUGUUUUCGCUUUGUCAUUAUGGGGUAUUGUGUGUAGAUUGAUGAGAAAAAAAAUAUCUAAUCCAUUUUAGAAUAAGGCUGUAAUGUAACAAAAUGUGGAAAAAGUCAAGUGGUCUGAAUACUUUCCGAAUGCACUGUACAUGUGCAGGGAUACUGGAGUGAUGGAGGUAGAUAUGUAUAGGGGUAAGGGGACUAGGCAACAGGAUUUAAGAUAAACAGAGUAGCAGCAGCUUGCAUGUGAGUGGGUGUGUAGAGUCAGUAUAAAUGUAUGUUCAUAUUAUGUGUGAGUGAGAAAUUGAUGGAGUGAGUGUUUGUGUGUGUGUUGGCGUGACAGUGUGUGUAAGUGUGUAGGGCCCUGUAAGUGUGCACAGAGACAGUGCAAAUAUUGAAAUAAAAGGUCAACUCAGUCCGUGUAGCUAUUUUGUAGCUUGCAUCCUGUACUGUCCUGCUGGCAUGAAAUCUGCAUGUCUGCAUGAGUCUACCUUAGACACACUAUUGUUUGUUACUUCGGAUUGGUGGUUUGUGAAGAGACCACACAUUACACUAGUACCUGGCAGAUUUAAGCCAAGUCAACUAAGGUAAUGUAUCCCAGAUGUGAGUUAUCCUCUUCAGUAUCUAACUAGCAUGAGACUAGGAGUGAUUGAUAUGUAAUAUACAUGAAAUAAAUAGAAGGCAGCAGAGUGACUGCCUGAGACUGUUUGAUUUAAUUCUAACCUUUGCUGAUUGGCCUGUAGAUUUCUACAGAUCCUGCUGAAGGAGGGGCCACAGACAAAGGUGGUCAGGUAGGGGCUGGGGCGGUGACCGGUGGGGCUGCAGCGCAGGCAACAGGGGACACAGGACCCAGCUUAACCACAGAAACCAGGUGGGUUUAGAAAUGCUGUUUUUUUGUAAAGUGUUCAAAAUCAUGUUUCUAAUUGGAAAGUGUUAUGUGAAUGAUGAUGGCAUUAGUCAUAGUUAACCAGGCUUUUAUGUCUGUGAGUUUACAGUGGGCAAUCUGGUACUGGAGCCUUAUGUUUGUCCUCAUCCUCCACCCUGAUGGAGAUACUAGAGGCCAUCAAACACCCCACGUAAGACCCUGUGUGUGUGUGUGUUUUUUUUGUUUUAUAAGGAUAGUAAAACCAGGAAAAUUCAGACAAGUGGGGACAUUUCGGCGGUCUCUACAAGAAAAUAAGCUAUUUUAGGCUUGGGGGUUAGGCUUAGAAUUAGGGUUUGGGGUUAAGGUUAGGGAAAAUAGGAUUUUCAAUAGGAAUCAAUUGUUUGGUCCCCACAAGGUUAGUAAAACAAAUGUGCGUGUGAAAGAGUGUGUUGGCGUGCACCACAACACAUACCUCAAGUGUUUUAGUUGUGGUUUGUUGUUGUCCCUGCAGUUAGAUGAGUGUGUUUGAGCUACUGUUCUGUCCUUCUGUGUGAUAUAUAUAGAACAGGUGUGCAGCUUCUACCUGAGCAGAAGGGCCUGCCCCCUAACUGCUUCAUCAGUGCUGAGAUCGUCCAUUGGCUGGUCAACAAUGUAGAGGGCGUGGCCACACAAGGCAUGGCUGUUGACAUCAUGCAGGUAGGUAUACGUUUAUCUGCCUUUGUUAAAGUAUGUGAAAGAGACACACUGUAUGUUGUGAAUGCAGCAUUUGUGUGUUGGGUUUUUAACAGUAUUGCUGUGUCCCCUGUGUUUCUGUAGAAGAUGCUGGAUGAGGGCCUGGUUACCCAUGCAUCAGGGGAUGCCAUGAGGACCUUUGUCUAUGGCUUCUACUUCUAUAGGAUAGUGGCAGAGAAAGACGCCGAGCGAGGUUAGGGAGACACUUACAGUCUACACAAAGCUAAUCUGAAAACGUAUCAAUUGAAAAAAUGUUGGUUUGCUUUCCUAGAACAAGGUAGUCCUCCAUGCUGCCCACCAUGGGGUCAAUUCCGUUUCAAUUCCAGUCAGUUCAGGAAGUGCACUGAAAUUCCAAAUCUCUUCAAUGCUUUUCAGUGCGGCGAAUUUUGAAUUUGGUUUACUUUCUGAAUUGACUGGAAUUGUAAUGGAAUUGACCCCAGCCCUGCCUGCUUCCCACACUGACCUCUUUCCAGUCAUUGAUUCUCAGUCAUGCCGAUAUUGAUUGUUCUCAUUUGAGGUUUCCAGCCACUGGUGGUAACUAACCAGACUCAAUAAUAACCAUACAUAUAUCUCUCCAUCUCUACUGUACUCUAGGCCCUACAUCCCAGCUACCUCCUCCUGUGGCACAAGGCUGGUCAACGGCAGCCUUGGAGGACUUUGCCCUGUUUCAGAGGAAGUGGUUCGAGGUUGCUUUUGUCCUGGAGGAGCGUCGACCUUGUGACCUCCCGGCCUUCCUGCUGCCCUGGCUGCCCAGCCGGCCUGCGUCCUAUGCAAGUAGGCACAGCUCCUUCAGCCGCAGCUUUGGAGGACGCAGCCAGGCCGCAGCACUGCUAGGUACACACAGCCUGCUCCUCCCCCAGAGCUGAGCCUCAGCCCACCCACCCCAACCUCAACCCCACCCCAGAAUGGACAUGACUUCCCCCCCACAAUCAGAAUGAGCAUGCCUCCCCCUCCCUUCCAGUCAGACACAUACCCUGCAACAGGCCCUUAGGGGUUUGGGAGGGAGGGUCCCAUAGCAGGUGUCACACAGAGCCACCAGACAAGAUUCCUGCAUGCCUCUGUAUGCAAAUAUGAAGUGGUGCUAACUUGGUCAUCAGAUUUGGACAUGGUUGGUUGAGAUCCGGUUAAACAUUUUUUUAUUAACUUGGUUUGAAUUGUUGACAAAAAGUUCCCAAAAAUCAUUAGUAACUUGUUAACAGUUGAUCUCUAAAUAACUUAACACCACUCCAUAACUGAGGAGCUACUAUUCUAUUUGAUUGAGGCAUUCAGGGAACUUACAAACAGCCAUCAAAACCAUCAAACUCUAGAUAAUUUAUUCUUAGAUUUGAAUAAUUGGCCCAUGAUUCAUUACAUACUAACCACAAUUUUACUCUUGAAGUACUUUCCAAUGACUUGAAUUUCUCACCAUCACAACAUUGCUCUCACAUCAUUUAAUCAUUGACUUGCCAUCUACCAUCUGAACUAAUAAUUAUCCUGGUGACAUUGUUCAUUCUGUGUGACACAAGGCAUUGGACCUCAGUACCCAUCCCCCUUACGGGCAAAAACAGGGCUGCAUGUGAUUGCUGGUGAUCUAUCUACUCCAGCUUGCAGAGCUUGGGUUGGUGGUACACCUAAACCUCUUCCCAUUCUCAUCCCAACCUCCUCUGCCUCCAAUUGUAGCUCGAAUUGGCAUGUCAGUAUGUACAGUACAGUACAUAUUACAUCUAAUGGUAGUACUCGUGCCACUGUCGACUGAUUGAAAACAACUCCAUCCAAUCAGAUCACUGAUGGAUGGGAUUUGCGUCUACUUCCUCCAAUCAGAGCAGUAAUCGGUGUGGUAGUUCUCUUUUCCGUCCAAUUAGAGAACUAGUUGGUGUGGUAGUGUUUAGUGCAUGCUGUGGUAGAAGUGGCUGUGGUACAGUAGAGCAGUGGUGUGCAGUGCAUUGUCCUCUCUUUGCUUUCUCUCUCUGUACUGUUUAAUGCGUUUCCACUAUAAAAUGUUGUGAGAAUGUUACUGCAUUUAGGGAGUCUUGACCAAUCCUUCUUUCUCUGUCUCACUGUGAUUUUCUUACCGUGAUUUGAUGCUGUUUAUGCUGCCACUUUUACAGCAAUUUAGAGGCAAUCUGCAGUUGCUACAUGCAUUUUUGGACGUAUAAAGUAAUGAUAUAUACACAUUGAUACUUGAAGAAUAUAACUUCUAAAUGCCUCGUGCUGAGUUCAACUGUCGUACCCCAUCAGAACCCAAAAUAUAAGCUUGUUUUACUCCAAUGUUUGUAAACAUCGGAAAUGUAAACAAAUACUGUAUAGCCUCAAAACAUAGUUUCUAUAUCUUGGAUGGUCAGUCCUUGCAUCCAUAGCUCUGUCUAUUCAUUUGAGAGUGGUUACAUUUCUCCAGACCCAUCCCUCAGUUUUUUCUGCUUUGUAAUUUUUCAACUAAGGAUUGCCACUUUAAAUUACUGAUGAGUUUGGAGUUGUUUUAUGGUUAAUAUAAACCAGCUUAUUCCCAUGAAAAUGUCUAACACUGGGAGAGAAACAGCUCUAACUGUAGGCUUUGCCCCCAUCUGCUCAGAAAACAGAUAUGGUCAUUAUACCCAACAUUACCUAAAACAUAAAUGCAAUAACUUUUCUCCCAUAAAAUGUGUCUUAUUUGGACUAAUUUCUGUGAGAUUAAUAAGGUGUGAAUCAUAAUUCAGAACCAUAAAAUAUAGUAAUUUAUACAUUAAUAAACUCAAUGGUUCCUCUCCAGGAAAUCAUGAAACAAUGACACCACAAUCUGGCUGUAGAAAGAAUUUCCUGUAUGCCUAUGUUUGUCAUGAUGACCAUGUUUGUGUUGUCUCCAGUGAUUAACAGUGUACUGACUUGGUAAUUAAAACGUAUAGGCCUAUUUAAAAAAUAACACACUAACCUUUUCAGAAUGAAAUAAUCAUAUGGACAACAAAAUAAUGAUUUAUAAAGAAUUGUGAUGUAAUUUGGAGUAGCAUUCUAAAUGUAUCAUCCUUAAAACAUAGUCAGUACAGAACAGGUUUGGGGUCAAUUCCAUUUCAAUUUCAGUCAAUUCAGAAAGUAAACCAAAUUCCAAUUCCAAAUUGUCCUAACUGAAAGAGAAAUGUUGAAGAGAAAUGGAAUUGGAAUUUCAGUGUACUUCCUGAAUUGACUGAAAUUGACAUGGAAUUUACCCCAACCCUGGUACCGAAUCUGCCUGGAGACAAGUUCUGAGCAUAACAGAGGUGUUUCAGGGCAAGAGAGGAUGCUAUGGUGGAAUAUUGUGGCUUCACUGACUUUCGAUAACUUGCUAACAUUCAUUGUGAAGUUUCUAACUCCAUCUCAAACAUUUGGUGUGUGUGUCCCCCCCCCCCCCCCGUACCAUAUUCCAUAUACUCCAACAACUGUCUCUCACCCUCUUAAUCUCAUAAUAUCCAUGCAAAUGUCCUCUUCCUGCCUGUCCAUCUCUACAUCCAUCUCUCCCUUUGGGCCUGAUCUCUGGGCCUGUCCCUCUACUCCCUUGCUCUCUCUCUCCCCUCCCUCCUCUCUCUCCUCAGCUGCCACUGUACCAGAGCAGAAGACGGUCACCUUGGACGUGGACGUUAACAAUCGCAGCGACCGCACCGAGUGGUGCAGCUGCUAUUACCAUGGCAACUUCUCCCUUAACGCUGCCUUCGAGGUCAAGCUGCACUGGAUGGCCGUCACUGCAGCUGUUCUCUUUGAGAUGGUAAGACAGAGCCAGACAGAGGGGGAAUGUCCAUUGACUCACUUGAGACACUCUCAGGGCUCAAAACUGCUUCCAAAACACUUGCAUUUGCGACCCUUUGACUUGACAAUGUUUUAUUGUUCGCUAGGGUGCCAGUGAUUAUUUUUUUUGCUGGUCAAUUUUUGUUUUUGGUUCACAAUUUGCUUUUAUCAAGAUUUAUUCAAACAGCAAUGGGUAUGCAACAAUGGGUAUGCAAACCAGGUAUUCAAAAAGUUUGGUCCGAAGUCUUGGUGGAAUCUUUGCCAUGCGCAAUUCAUUCAUUAUGCGCUGUUUGAAUGAACAUUUCUAAAGGCUUUCCCAAAAAAACGUCCCAAUUAAAUGUUGACUGCAAAGUAGGCCUACCUGGCAGAAUGAUCUCAUGAUGAUUUGUAUCAAUCACGGGGCAUUUGUUUUGCAAACUCUGCCAUCACAUAUAGCCUACACUGUAUAUUGUAUAGUACAAAAACACCUCGGUCUCUUGCUAGGUGGGAUUUUGCCACUGGCAAAUGUACCUGAAUGUCAAGCCCGGCAAGGGCAGCUAAUUUAAAAGAUGGCUAGUCAUUAUUAGUCUGGUUCUGUAUGGAAUGCAGGUACAUUAUGGGACACAGGUCCAGUCAUUAACGGCACACAGUGGCGAGUAAUUGGUGCGACCAAAUCAUGUGCUGGUGCCAUCGACUGAAAAUGUUGGUAGCACCAGUGCCACCAGUGGAAAAAAGUUAGUCUAGCGCCCUGCACCCUACACAUUAAGACAGAGUUCCUGUCAGCAUUAUUUAAUGUAAGAUGUUUUUAUGACAUACUGACAUAUUUCUUGAAGUUGCCACGGAUAUGAAGUAAACGGCUGAAUUAUUAAAUAUUUCAGGUUGUCAUACUUAAGGAGUCACAAGGCAUGCCAGCUGAUAAUCAAACCAUAUGGGCUCAAAACGGCUCACUAAUUCCCAACAUGACAACACUACUACACAUCACGUUUGCUUGGACGAGAGAGUUUGACAACAAGACCCAUGUUUAUCUUGACUCUCCACCAUAUUCCCAUCUCUACAGGUCCAAGGCUGGCACAGGAAGGCUGCCUCCUGUGGGUUCCUGUUGGUGCCCGUCCUGGAGGUGCCCUUUGCCCUGCCCUCCUACCUGUAUGGUGACCCACUGCGGGCCCAGCUCUUCAUCCCUCUCCACAUCCACCGUCUGCUGAGGGACGGCAGCGACAACCUGUUUGAGGGUGAGGAGACACUGGGAGCUUUUUACACCACUGUCAUUGUACACAUGUACACAGUGUGUCUCUAUCAUUUGAUAGAGCACGUAUCUUUAACAUAGAUUGUAAGUAAACGUACAGGGACAUAAGCAUAAACUAUUUAUUGGGUGUGUUGCUUUGGGUGUUCGUGCUUGUCAACAUUAUUCCCCUGUGAUAAUUGUUUGGCAGGGUUUGAACCAGAGACGUAUUGGGAUAGAAUGCAGAUCUUUCAGGAGGCCAUACUGUACCGGUAGGUGAUUCUCUAUACAUAGUUUAUAGGGCAGCAGGUUGCCUAUAGGUUAGAGCGUUGGGCCAGUAACUGAAAGGUUGCAUGUUCGAAUACCCGAGCGGACAAGGUGAAAAAUCAGUUGAUGCGCCAUUGAGCAAGCCUCUUAACCCUAAUUUGCUCCAGGGGUGCCGCACUACUAUGGCUGACCCUGCAAACAACACAUUUCACUGUACCUAUCUGGUGUAUGUGACAAUAAAACAUUGUUUUUUUUUGUUCUCUGUAAAUGUGGGAUGGAGGCACUAUAUGUGCUGCAAAGGUCUUUAGGUAUUUAUCCAAACAUUCUCACACUUAUCUCUCUCGCUCAGAUUCGGUUUUGUUCAAGACAAGUUUUCUGCCUCUGCUUUCAACUUCCCAUCAGAGAACAAGCCCCAAUACAUCCACGUAACAGGUAGGCACAUAUUAGAACAAAGAUGAGCAUGAUUUCUAAUUCUGUCAGACACAUUUUUUUCAAUAUGCCCUUUGUUACCUCUAACACCCUCCCUCACACUACUGUUCUCCUUACCCUCUCUUUCUCUCUCUCUCUGUCCUCCCUGCUCCCCUUCUAUCUCCCUCUAGGCACAGUGUUCCUCCAGCUGCCCUACUCCAAGAGGAAGUACUCUAGCGGGCAGCAGCGGAGGAGGAGGAAUUCAACAGCAUCAGCCAGUCAGGGCCUGUUUGGCUCGGAAGAGCUGGUGGGUUACUACUGGGCCUAUAACACUAUGCUGACCAAGGCCUGGAGGACGGGCGUGCUUGGGGACGAGAAGCUGGCUGACCGCCUGCUCAGAGACUUCACUGACUUCUGCGCCAACAAAGACAAGAGGCUGGUCAACUUUUGGGACAGCUGCCAGGAGAAAAUGAAUGCUAGUGCUCCGUGAUGAAGAGAUAGAGAGGGGGAAGUGAGUUGAAACUGAGAAACAGACAACUCUAUUGAAGUGGGAAUGUACUGUAUGAAAUGAGUCUGCAUUGGCUGCAGUGUUGAGGUUUCUGGGAAGAAUUCUCCACAAGAACACCUUGUAUAUGUGUGCUAUGUCCCCUCUGUGGCAGGACUAGGUCAAGGUGAAAGGUCAAGUGCUAUGACCGUUAAUAUGAAGACUAUUCCUGAGGAGCAGAGACUGCUUCCUCUGGUCCUGCUGAUGAGCUGCUACUCUUCCUUCAUGUUAAGUGAAUAAUAAGAGAACUAAUCUAAACCUGGCAUACGCCUCUACAUAAUGUGUUUACGAGUGCAACUGUGAAUUUGAAAACAUGUACUUUGAGGAGUAUUCAUUUAUUCAUUUGUUGCAGAAAUUAAUACAAAAUAAAUAUCAAGCGGUUAUUAUGGGAUUUGUUCAGGAUGUUUUAUUGCAUGGGGAUAAUGUAAUGCUAGUUUCCCCUCUCAGUGACUGGUAGCCAGUGUUGAGGAAGCUACUCUGAAAAUAUAGU